UAGCCCCACAGUUCUCCCCGGCAGAGACGCCGUCCCAGGAGCUCUUCUACGCGUCAUCUCGAUCUCCCAGAGUGCUUCCUGCAAAGCCACUCUAGGCGCUUACCUGCGGUAACGCGUCUGUGCCACAGCCGCUCUAGGAAGCAGAAGCUGGCUCUAUGACCCGGCGGGGCCUGCUGGUGGGACGGUGCCCGAGGGCCAGGGGCGGUAGCCGGGUGAGAGUCCCCAGGGCAGCCCGAGGAGGCUCGGUCUGUGCAGGCCUCCACCGGGAGCCUGGAGGCAGAGUCCGUCGCGCCCGUGCCCCUGCAGAGUCCCGGCGGCCUGGGCCCACCGGCGGCGCAGAGGAAGAAGGGGCACAAAUUAAGAGACAUAAAAAAAACCUUUGAGAUGGAGGAAAGAAAGGACAAAUACAUGAUAUGGGAAGAGAGAGGAAUUAUGGCAGUGGGGCAACUCUGGAUCCAAGGUUGGCUUUGACUGGACCUGGGCACUUCCUCCUUUCCGUGCAAGAGAGGACCUGUGGAGUUUGUUUGGCCUUUAGAAAAAGUGGGGGUUUCGUGAAGAAAUGGCCUCCAGCACUGGAAGUGAAAAGAGUGUGAAUCCUGUGCUAAGAAUAAGUCAACUUGAUGCUCUUGAACUAAACAAAGCUCUGGAACAACUAGUGUGGUCCCAGUUUAGCAACUGUUUUCAUGGAUUUAAACCAGGAGUGUUGGCUCAUUUUGAACCAGAACUUAAAGCAUUUUUAUGGCUUAUAUUAUGGAGAUUCACUAUCUACUCUAAGAAUGCCACUGUGGGACAGGCUAUUCUGAAUAUUCAGUACAAGAAUAACUUAUCUCAGACAGAGAAAUACCAGCCUCUGAGCAAACACCAGAAGUUAUGGUAUCUUAUUUUCACUGUUGGCGGAAGAUGGUUGGAAGAAAGAUGUUAUGAUUUAUUUAGCAAUCGACAACUGCAAUCAUUCUGCAAAAUUAAGAGUUACAUUAACUUUGGAGCUGGACUUCUUAAACUUUGUGGACUUCUAAAUUUUCUGAUUUUUCUUCAGAAAGGAACAUUUGCAACGCUUACAGAACGCAUUCUAGGAAUUAGGUCAGUUUUUUGCAAGCCACAAAGUAUUCGUCAGGUAGGAUUUGAAUACAUGAACAGGGAACUUUUAUGGCAUGGCUUUGCUGAAUUUUUGAUAUAUCUGCUACCACUUAUUAACGUACAGAAACUAAAACUUAAAAUUUCUUCAUGCUGUUUGCCUAUUGCAGGUGUUUCCAAUAGUGAAAACACAUUAGCAGCUCACUGCAAGGAAUGUUCACUAUGUGGGGAAUGGCCUACCAUGCCUCAUACCAUAGGCUGUUCACAUGUUUUUUGUUACUACUGUAUUAAAAGUAACUAUUUAUUUGAUAUGUAUUUUACAUGUCCUAAAUGUGGCUCAGAGGUACACAGUCUCCAGCCACUGAAAUAUAAAAUUGAAAUGACAGAAUUGCAUGCCUGAUACGAGCUUGAUUUGGCUUUAUACUGUACGUGAAAUAUUAUGUUGACAAGAUUAAUGGAGAAAUUCAGAAAUUAUUGUAAAACAGCUUAAAAGAUAGUUUUGGAGACUCUGUAAUUUGUUGUAACAUACGUCUUUACUAGUCUUAUUUUUUUACUGAGUAACUGUGCCGACUUGCCUCUCUGAAGAAAAGAAAGGAGUUCACCAGCUCUUUUACUCUGUCAGACUACUUGAUCGCAGUUUGCUACCCCUGUGUUGUGAAGUCAUUCCUCCUUAGAUCUAGAGUCUGUCAGCCUGCCACUUCUUAACUGCAUGUUAUAUACUCCCUCAAAGAUAGAGAAGAUGCCCAGUAAGCUUUUACUCAUUUUGUGGAUUUUCUCAAGCUUGUAAAAGCUUCUGCCAUUACCAACUUAGCUAGCUAGUAGAUAGGUUUAGUGGGAGGGGCAUCCUUGUCAAGCCUAAGGAAUAAUUUUAAUUUUGAAUACUUUAAAUUUGAAUCCCAGUGUGGUGUUCUACUGUGAAAAGGAAAGGUAUAAGAUUAAUUAUCUCAGCAGAUUAGUAAUAGUUUUCAUCAUAUUCAGCUACCAUAACAGGCCAUACUUUCUCUAAGUCAGAAUUGCUUUCUUAUCGAUAGACCAUAAGCUUUAAGUGAUCCAUUUGGUAGGCAGGUAGGUACUCCACUUCCUGUGCAAAUACAGAGCACCUUCUAGAACUUCAUGAGAUGACUGAACUCAUUUUCUCAGUUAGCUAUGUUUGUGAUCUUCAGUGGUGUAUAUAUGACCACCUCCCACUUCUUACCUAUAAAGCUGAGGGAUGCAAUCCAUCAUCCAUUGGAAUGUGGCAGCUACCCAAGGUAACCCACAUUAUUCUGAGUCAGAGACACUGGAGAAAAUUGUUUACUCACAAGAUGCUUACUUUGGGACUUGCCACUCUUCUGUUUUUGGUGUGGUCAAGGUGGCUACCAAACCUCUCUAAGAAGUCACUACCACACAGAAAAAAGAUCACACACAGUUAUGGGCAUGUAAACUUAUUAAAAUAGGUAACUCUUCCUGUUCUUGACUAUUACUAUUUGGUUUCUCUGUUGGCUUUGUAAUGUUUUUCUUAUUCCCUGGUUUAACACUUCAUCCAUUUAUUCUCUGACCUGAUUUUAUAAGAUUUAUAUAAGAUAUAUAUAAAAGAUAUAAAUUUAUAAGAUUUAUAAGUUUUAAAAAAUUACAGUCCUUUUUUUAACAGGAAGUCUUACCCAGAAAGGUCUCAUUAACACAAAAAACAUUGCGUCCUUUUUUGGCUCUUGAAUUCUCAAAAAUGUGUACGGUUAAACUAAGUAAAUCACUUUAUGGUGGCUGUGUUCUUGAUUGGCUAUCAUCAGUAGUCAGUCCCAAAAAUAGUAUGUAACAACUGACCCAAUAUCUUUGAUCUACUUUUAUGAAAUGGUUUAUUACAUUCUUGAGUAUCUGAUUAAAACAACCCACGAGCCUAUUUGUUUGAAGAUCUUAAAUUCUAGGGUUUGAUCUUUAGAGUGACACACAGCACUUUCAUCUGAUGCAAUUAAAUAUAGUUAGUGGGUUUGUAAGUAUCUUUGGGCAGCCCAGAACUUCAUUAAUUCUGCUACUGUUCUGUGAGUCAACAGAGACUUCAGAGCAACUGCUUCCAGAUACCGUGCUACAAUAUAUUAUUUGCCAUCAAGCGUGUAUAUCAGCAGCCUGCCAAAUUUCUGUAACCAUUGCAAUUUGAACCAGCAGGUACAAAUCUGUCUUCAUUAGAAGCAUCGAUAGUGGCGAGUUUGUUGGAGAUGAUCCUGGAGUUACUUGCUGGUCCUGCAGUGAUUCUGUAUGAAUUGUCCCUCCACAUCACUUAAAAGCUCUUCCCAAAGAAAUGUAUUGGCAACCCUGACUUUGGGGUGGGCUAAUGUCCCAGAAAGGAUCAUCAGCAUUUCUGUUACCUGUCCCUUUAACUAUCUUUAUUAAGAUUUGUACACAUUCAGAAUCCAUUGUUCAUGGUUUGUAAUCAUAGCAGAUUUCUUGUGGUGUCUUCAUUCCUUCUGAAGUCACAGUGCAGUAUUGUGUCACAGGAGCAUGGGUUUUCUAUAUUGGACUCUGAUAGCUGUGAUGUUUUUCUUAUGUGGGAGUUAUUUCCUAUUUAGAAAUGUUUUUUUCCUGAAUAUUUAAAGAAUGUUACCACCUUCUUGUUCAUUCCACUCUCUGUCCUGCUGUAUGCAUUUCCCAGAGUUGGUUUGUCUCUUCCAGCUUCAUGCAGAUGAAAUCCUAGUAAAAUGUAUACUCUGGUUUUCAUCCCUGUUACAGUAUCAGUACAAAACCUGUUUCUAGAAGUUUUGUACCUCUAUUGUAUAGCUGUCUUCUGCUGGCAGUGCUAUAUUGCAUUUGGCUUCCCUGGUUUUCUUCUGGAAUUUAACUUCUGAUACUUAUGAUGGCUUAUUAUACCAAAGCAUUGGCCUACUAUUGUAGUACCUCUUCGUCAGUGUGUUAGGUUUGUAGCUCAUAUCACUGACCAAGUUUGUAAAGUCUACGUCUUAUGAUGUGUAUAAACAGUUUGCAUUACCCUAAGAUCCUAGAUCCUAAUGUGUGGGAUUGCUUCUUUUAUUUUUCCAUGCAAGUAAGCAGGUACCAUGCCUUUCACAGAAAUAGAAGGUUUGGGAAGAAACUGGUUCCUUCUGUCAGGUAUAGAUUGGGGUUUUUUGUUUGUUUCUUUGCUUUAAUCUACCAUAUGGUGAAACCUUCACUCUGUUGUAGUCACAACUCAGAUUGAUGAGACCAAGGUUUCAACUUGCGUAUUGAAAAGCUCCUUGCUAUGAGGUUAGCUUUUUAAGACUUCAAAAUCAGUACUCAGCAGCUUCCUUACAGCAAUGUAAAAUCAAAAAUACACUUUUUUUUUGUGUUGUAAUUCUGUUUUGUGAUGCCUUGUGCUAUAUAAACUGCAGAAAAGUCUUUUUUGAAGAUAUUAAAGAAAAAACAUAUUUUGCAGACUAAUCAAAGGAUAACUAAUUUUACAUACUAAUUGCGUUAAUAAUUUGCCCUCAUAAGCAUUAUAUCUUCAGGUUAAAACUGCUGUAACAAAGGACAUCUAGUUAUGCUUCCUGCGGUAAUUUUGGAAUGUUAAUCUCUUCAGUCAUUUUUUCUAAACAAAAGGGUUUUAGUGUUCAGCUACCAUGAGAAUGUACUUCUGAGCAGUCAUAUAUGCAUCAGUGAAAAUGGUAAAUGCCUAGAAUUUAAGAAAGCUAAAGGACCAGAACUUCCAGUCUUGGAGUUACAGCCCUGUAUUAACAUUUUAUUUGUGCUCUGUUGUGUCUUUGUGUGCUAUGUGAAUGUUUUCAUUGUAUCAGAAAUGAAAAAAAUGAAGCCAUAACUGGAACAGGCUAUAUUAAUAAAUAUACUAGAAAACUUUUCAUAUCUUUGUUUGAAUGAGAAUUACCAGUUUUAAUAAGGUGUGAUUUUGGAAGCAUUUAGAUGAAAACAGUAAGCAAAUGCUGACUUCUUGCUUCCACAAACCACCACCACUCCAUCUAUUCUAUAUACUUUGAGAGGUCUUAAUGUUAUGGAAGACUGAAAAUCAGGAGUUUGAGCAUCCUGUAAAAGAAAUUACAGGGGUGAUACCUGGUUUCUGCAUUACCUGGGAAUAUUUCUUUAUUUUUGCAUAAGCCUGGAAUGUGAUAGGCAAGGAUGAUCUGGACAAAGUAAUGAAGAGAAGAUGUUAAAGGUGAAAGAAGUGUAUUUCCUAAAUAAAAUCCAAUGAAUGUCCUUAUUUGAGAAUAUUAUUACAAUUGUUAUCUGGGAUGUAUCAUUCUUAUGAAAAUCAAGUUUACAAAUAAAAGAUGCUUCUUAAGGAG